GCCAGUAAUAGUUCGACGUGCUAUGAUGGUGUCGUCGUAUGCUCGGAUUUAAGCCGUAAAUACGGCUUCUUGAGUUGACCAGCGCAGUAUUUUCGACGCACGGGAGCGUUGGUCACACUCAUGAUCGACCUAGCAUGCGUAUCCCAGAGGAGCUGGCUUGCCCUCCAUGGGCUUCCUCAUCAUCGGGAAGGUAGACUCCUAUCAUUUUGACCCCGGUAAAAGGGGGUACCUCUCCGACCGCAUCUCCUGCGGAGAUGACGCACGCCUCCCUUGCGGCAUCACAUCAUAUCGUCAGAGUGUUAUAUUCACAGUCUCCCCAUCGUUAUUCGCAAAUCACAGACAACAAUUAUGCCUUCUUCUCGGACGCCGGAGAAAUCAGUGCGUCCAGCACCCACCUGUGAGCAUCUGCACGACUCAGCUAGUGCUGCUCCGAGUGACAAGCCCGAUGAACCAUCGCCGUUGAAGAGCGGAAAGUUGGAACAUGAAGAAACUCAUCUUGACACUGCUCCUGACGGCGGUGCAAGGGCCUGGCUUGUUGCUGCAGGAGGUUCCGCAAUCUUUUUCUGCUGUCUUGGAUUUUCCAACAGCUUCGGCACCUUUGAGGAGUAUUACCUCUCCCAUCAGCUUCAAGACAAGAGUCCGAGUGAUAUUGCUUGGAUUGGAUCGUUGUCCUCCUUUCUACAAUUCGCUGCGGGCAUGGUUGGCGGACCCCUUUUCGAUUUUUUCGGUAGUUGGAUUAUCAUACCUUCAGCAAUACUCUACGUCUUCGCGCUCAUGAUGCUGAGCCUUUGCGACCAGUAUUGGCAGAUCAUGUUAGUACAAGGCGUGCUGAUGGGUAUUGUCAUGGGCCUCCUUCAAUUUCCGGCUUUCGCAGCUGUCUCUCAGUACUUCGACAAGAAGCGAGCAGCAGCUCUCGGAGUUGUCGUGUCCGGGUCAUCAAUUGGCGGUGUUAUCAUUCCCAUCGUUCUCUCCGAGCUAUUAAACAGCUCAUCUUUGGGAUUUGGGUGGUCCGUACGCAUCGUCGGCUUUCUCAUCCUACCGUUCAUGAUUUUCGCCGUCGCGACUGUCCGCGCCCGACUCCCGCCAAGAAAGAGCAGUUUCUGGAUCCCGUCUGCAUAUAAGAACAAGACGUACAUGCUACUCAUCGCUGUGCUGUUCUUUAUGUUCAUCGGAAUGUUCACGCCAUUGUUCUACCUGCCUACCUACGCCGUGAGUAGAGGUAUGAAUCCGACAUUGGCGGGAUAUCUGCUCGCUAUCCUCAACGCCGCCUCUACAUUCGGUCGGAUCAUUCCCGGAGUUCUUGCAGACAAGUACGGCAGACUCAACAUGUUCGCGCUUGGGGGAAUCGUUAGUGGCGUCAUCAUCUUCUUUAUGAACUCGGUAACGGACAACGCUGGACUGAUCGUUUAUGCGGCCUUUUUUGGCUUCGCAUCGGGAACCAUUAUUUCCGGCGCCUCUGCUGCCUUUUCGACGUGCACUAGUGAUCCCAGGGACAUCGGCACUUAUAUGGGCAUGGGUAUGUCCAUCAGUGCCCUGGGCGGACUCAUUGGACCACCCAUCAAUGGUGUCAUGGUAGAUCGGUACCAGAGUUUCUUCCAGGUAGCGAUGCUCAGCGGCACACUGUGUGUUGUUGGUGGGAUUAUUGCAGCAUUGACCAAAUUAACAACCAAGCAAGGGAUGCUUGGGAGGGCUUGAAGUGAUCGCUGAGGAUCACCAAUAGUGGUAAUGGUCAAGGAAAGACAAGACAACAUUAAAACGAAAGCGUGUUCUACGAGCUGGAUGGCGAUCGUGAAUCGUGCCGAUGUUUCCGAUUUAUGAGUCGUCGUCUGGGCGAGAUUCUUCAACCUAAACACACUCAAGUUGUGGUUCGAAGGGCAAGUCAUGAAAAUUCACGAGUGCAACUCCUGUAAAGUACUGC